GGAUGAAGGGUCUUUUUUUUGCUUUAUAAAUGCUUCCCCUCCUCUCCUGUCACUAGCUUCCUUCCAUUUUCUCCAUCUCUCUAACUCAUCAGAUUAAUUUGUAGAACACAAAGAACACAGAAACCCACAGCUUUUCUCCUCAAUUAGUCCUUUAUUUCCUCCUAAGGAUCAGCUUUGUAGCUAGCAGCUGCCAUGGCAUACCAGAGCGAGUCCAGGGAGACUUCACCUCAGAGGAAAAUGGGUAGGGGGAAGAUCGAGAUCAAGCGGAUCGAAAACACCACAAAUCGUCAAGUUACUUUCUGCAAAAGACGCAAUGGUCUGCUCAAAAAAGCUUAUGAAUUAUCUGUUCUUUGUGAUGCUGAGGUUGCUCUCAUCGUCUUCUCUAGCCGUGGCCGCCUCUAUGAGUAUGCCAACAACAGUGUUAAAUCUACAAUUGAGAGGUACAAGAAGGCUUGUGCAGAUUCGUCCAAUACUGGAUCUGUUUCUGAAGCAAAUGCUCAGUACUAUCAGCAAGAAGCUGCCAAGCUGCGUGUGCAAAUAAGCAAUUUGCAGAAUUCAAACAGGCAUAUGCUGGGUGAGUCGCUUGGAGCCUUGACUGUGAAAGAACUUAAGAGCUUGGAGAUCAGAUUAGAGAAAGGAAUUAGCAGAAUUCGGUCCAAAAAGAAUGAGCUGCUGUUCGCAGAGAUCGAGUAUAUGCAGAAAAGGGAAAUUGAUUUGCACAACAAUAACCAGCUUCUGCGAGCCAAGAUUGCUGACAACGAAAGGAAGCAGCAGAACAUGAAUAUGAUGCCAGGAGGAGGUAACUAUGAGAUCAUGCAAUCUCAGCCAUUCGAUAACAGGAACUAUUUUCAAGUGAAUGCGUUACAACCCACCAAUCAUUACCCACACCAAGAUCAGAUGGCCCUUCAGUUAGUGUAAUAUGCUUCCAGGGCAUACUUUAAUUCUAUUUUUCUGAGAAUAUCAGGUAUAUAUUUCACCUGCUGAAAGCUGCAAUGAUGCCCUAAUUUUCUAGCAGAAAUCAACCUUGUUGCCUGAGUAAUUAUGGAAUCCCUAAUUAGUAUUAUAUAUCCCACCAUGCAUAAUUAGCUUUGUAAUCCAACUUAAGACAUAUUAGUAUUAUUGCAACUGAAGGAUUUCUUUUCUGGAUGUUCAA